AUGGAUCCCUCAACAUUCAUCGACCCUUAUCUGACACUUCCUGAUCAGUUGGUGCUGCAGGAGCUUCUCAGGAAUGAAGACACAAAAAUAGGCAAAUCUUCAAAAACAUCCGACACUGUCCAAACGCUACAGUGUCUGAACAAUCCCAAGGAAGUAGGGUUCGAUCCGACGGUCUUCCAGUUCUGGGAUACCCAUCAGUUGCGCACCAAUCUGCACCCACCCGCCCGGAAAUAUGUCCUAGAUCCCUAUGUCGCCUGGGCUCAGGAAAUUGCCCGGUACCCUACAGACGUGGUGAUGGUCACUCAUCUGUUGAUCUAUUUUGGAAUGUCUAUUCCCAGCGCCGUCUGGCUACACUGCUAUCACUUCACUUGGAUCCACGGGUUGCUGCAUUGGAUCUUGCAUGUCUGGUUCGCAGGCACAUACACACUGAUGAAGCAUCAAUAUGUCCAUAUGAACGGCGUUCUCGCUCCAAAGUAUCGUAUAUUCGACAGACUGUUUCCCUACCUCGUGGAUCCGCUGGUGGGCCACACCUGGAACUCGUACUACUACCACCACGUCAAGCAUCACCAUGUCGAGGGCAAUGGGCCGGCAGACCUCAACUCGACGAUGUGGUACGACCGCGACUCGAUCACAGAUUUUGCCUGCUACGUUGGCCGCUUCUUUUUUCUCAUCUGGCUGGAGCUGCCCCUAUAUUUUCUGCGGACAGGAAAGCUCAAGUAUGCACUCAAGACGGCCCUGUGGGAGGGGAGCAACUACGUCUUCAUCUAUCUGAUGUGGAGAUAUAUCAACCCUCGUGCGGCCUUUUGUGUGUUUAUCCUACCACUUUUGACUCUACGACUGGGCCUGAUGGCAGGCAAUUGGGGACAACACGCUUUUGUGGACCCUGACAAUCCGACAUCCGACUUUCGGUCGAGCAUUACGCUAAUCGAUGUUGCUAGUAACCGCUUCUGUUUCAACGACGGCUACCACACCUCCCACCAUCUGCACCCGCGUCGCCACUGGCGAGAUCAUCCCGUGGCCCUGCUGAAAGACCGAGAGCGCUACGCGAACGAAAAAGCGCUCGUCUUCCGAAACAUCGACUACCUGAUGCUGACCGUCAAGCUGCUACAAAAGGACUACGAGUAUCUCGCCAAGUGUAUGGUGCCGCUGAGCGCGCAGCAGGCCAAUAUGACCCUGCAAGAGCGGGCGGAUAUGUUACGAGGCAGGACGCGGCGCUUUCCGAAGGAACACAUUCAUGCGUCCAGUGUUUGA